AUGACUUCCACAAUACCCACAAUUUUAGACAGCCUCGAUUCGCUCCUCAACUCGAACUAUGCCUUGACGGCCCUCCAGAAAACCCAGUGCCAACUGGUUCUCCAUGAGAAACAACACAAAAUGCUCGACCUCGAUUCCGAAAUUUCCGAGGCCAAAGCUGUGUUGGCUGUGCUCGAGUGUCGAAGGAGCGACCUGGAAAAGGAACACGGGAAGUAUAAAGCCGCUCUAUCGCCUGUCCGCGACCUGCCACCAGAAAUCCUCGCCGAAAUUUUCCAAUACCUCACACCCACGCUUCCGCUUGCCACCGACCUAGAGCGUGAAGAAGUAGAGCGUCCACCUUUCGCAAUCGCUAUUGUGUGCCAGUCUUGGAGAGCCACGGCCUUGUCUUUACCGAAACUUUGGUCCACGCUCGAUAUUAAGCUAGUGCUGGACGACUCGAAUUUUGCUUAUGAUUCUGAAGACGAAUUGGAUGAGAGCUGGGGCUGUGGCAGCCCCUUUCGCCGUCGUCCUGCCGCGUCAGAUGAACAUCUCAUGGAUGGGCUCACCAUAGAAUCGGCGCUGGAAUGGGUCAUAGCCAGUAUAAGUCGCUCUGGAAAUCACCGGCUUUCUUUCCGACUGCACCCAAGCGAAUCUACCGCCAACCUCCUGUUGAACCUUCUGUUCAAGUACAAGCAUCGAUGGUAUCGCGCCAUGUUCAUUCAUGUUGAAACUUUCCCCGACAUUCCUGGGGUGCUAAACACCUGUAACCUCCCCAUCUUGCAUGAAGUUGCAUUUUCUGGCCCCUGGGGCAGAUACAUCCAUUUUAAUCCCUCCCAUGCCCCCAAUCUGCAUGUUUUGGGCGUCUACGGAAUAUUGAGCUCUCUGGAUUUCCCUCUAUCGACUCUGACUGAGUAUUCUCAGACCACAGAACCCUAUUUUGAUGAAAGUUUACCGAAUAUGAUCUACCCUCGCCUGGCAAGUGCGAACCUUGUGGUCAUGCGGCUCAAUAGUAUGAGCUUGAUGGAUGACUCGGACACGGCCUCGAGGCGCCGCCCCCUCCUCUUUCCAUGUCUCCGUAUUGCCUGUUUUUAUCAGCAAGAAAUCUACCGAUAUGUUGGAGAGGGCCGCAAACUUAAUCUUAUGGCAACCUUUGACACGCCGUUUCUUGAGGCGUACAGUUUGGAAUCAGACUCGCACGCUAUACCGACCAAACUUGAGCCGUUGCUCCCUCGCUCUCCUCAUUUGCGCAUCCUCCGAUUGCUGCUGCCAAAUUCAACCAAGUUGCGCAGCCAUGAAGUCCAGUCGACACUGCGAAUGCGUACUGAGAUUGAAGAGCUCUCGUUGCACAUUCCCGCCCGAAUCACCACCGAGUUCAUCCGCCAUAUGGAUCUCUCGGAGGACAGACCGAUGCUCCCCAAACUCAAAAAUUUGUACAUUUCCGACUCCUCACUUGAGCCUGAGGCCAGGCCACUCGACCCAGACAUGGCAGACGCCGUGGUUCACUUUGUCCGUGGUCGUUUUGGCGCCCCAGACCCGCUGCGAAAAUUUUGCUUCUUAACUCACACAUCGAAAUACCAUCGACCGGAGGACACACUUGAUGAUAUGCCGACCUGGGCACGAACACAAGACAUUAACUUGGACUUGAAGAAAAUGCGUAUGGAGAAGGGGUGGAAUAUCACGUGUGGGACAGAAGCCAGACUUCCUCGAUGGGAUAGUCUGACCUUGAAUGACCUUUCUUAA